AUGGCAUCUGUGGCAGAUGCAACACCCUUCCUUGGCGUAGCUCUGAACCGAGAUCUUACCACAUUGGCAGGACCUAUUUUGGUGAUAUGGCUUUUGGUAGUAUCGUAUAGGUAUGCCUACUGGACGAACAUCCCGAAGAUUGAUGGUAUUCCUGAGAUUCCUGGGGCGAGGCCAUUCCUUGGUCAUCUCCAUCUGCAUGCCGGAGUGAGCAGCGUCAACGAUGGGGCGCUCUGGGCAUCUUGGGCAAAGAAGCAUGAUGCACCCAUCUUUCAGAUGAAAUAUGGCCAGAUUCGAGUUGUGGUCGCCAAUACAUUUGCCGCCAUCAGAGAAAUAUUUGUUACAAAUGCACGUAAAACUUCGGAUAGGCCGAGACAAUAUAUGUUUGAGCAAUACGUCGGAUACGACCUUGGAACCCAUUCCCUCGAUGAUAAUUUCAAGCAACAACGGCUGGCCGGAAUUGCCUCUGUCCAACCUCGGAAAUGGCCCUUAUUCUACGCUGGUUUUAAUCGAGAAGCCGACAGACUUAUCGCCAGCCUCGCUCAAGACGGAGAGUACGGGGCACAGCCGAUGAACCCCUUCAGAUACAUGCAGCUGAUGUCUAUGAACCUAUCCUUCCAUAUCACGUUCGACAAGCACUUCGAUAACGCCCAAGAUCCGUGGUUGAGAGACUAUGUUGACAAUGCGGUGAAGAUCUCAAAGGUUCGGGGAGCUUCGAACACAUACUCUGAUUUCGUGCCGCUACUCCGAUGGCACCCAAAGUAUCGCAGAAUGGGGCAGGAGGCACAAGCUGCAUCACAGAAGAGAUCUCGAAUGAUACAAGUUGUCCUUGAAGGCCUGAAGGAACGCAUAGCGAAAGGAGAACAGCCUAAUUGCAUUGCAGCAUCUGUGUUGGCUGACGAGAACAGCAAAUUAAGUGAGGCUAACCACGCUACAGCUGGUGCAAUUAAAUGCUCAACAUCCAUGGUACAGGGAGGGCUUGAGAGCCUACCAGCUCAUGUCCUCGCAGGAAUGGGUGGGCUCACCUCGGCAGAAGGAAUCAAAAUACAAGAGAAGGCUUAUCAAGCAAUUCUUGAAACUUAUCCCAAUGGGGAUGCUGCUGAACAUGCCUUUACGGAAGAGAGUGUGCCAUACAUCGUGGCAAUAUAUAAGGAGAUCCUGCGCAACUAUACUGUGUUGCCUUUCAGCCUGCCCCGUCAGGCUACCGAGGAUAUUCAGUUAUCAUCAGGUGCAAUAAUUCCCAAAGGGACAACAUUGUACAUGAAUUCAGAGGGUGGGAACCAUGAUGAAGCGCAUUUCGGAGAGAACGCGGGCAAGUUCGAUCCAGAGAGAUGGUUACGCGAUGACAAGCUUAACGAGUCUGGAUACGCUACGAUAUCAUAUGGGGUGGGAUCACGUCUUUGUCCAGCUUGGAAUAUUGCGAACCGGAUGAUGUACGGCCUGAUCUUUCGGACGAUUCUCGACUUUCAAUUGCGUGCUGACGAGAGCGAUCCACCUCCAAAAUCAUACCAAGAGUUUGGCGAAACUCCUGCCGGACAUAUCAACAAGCCGAAACAGUUUCGAGUACGAUUCAUCCCAAGAGACCCUGAAAGACUGAAGGUCAAAGUUGCGAGCAUCAAGGCAUAG